AUGCGUGCCGCAGCUGCACGACCCGUGGACGAGAAGCCAGCUGCCCGCUGUCUGUCGCAACGCCGCCCUUCCGCUAAGAACAGCGUCGAUUUUUGCGCGGAUGGCGAAUAUCGGGAUGACGGGGAAAUUCGCUUGCCUCUCCUGCUGUCUGUUGCUGGGGCGAGCGACCAUCGAAUCAGCCCCAGGCAGGUUGGACGGGGCUGGUGGUGGAUCCCACGCGGCCACCAUGGAAACAACACGAGCUUUGAAACACGCGGCGCUCGGUUGCCCCUGGCUGCGAAGCCCAAGGACGGUCUGCACAGCUCGUGCGUCUCAGCAUCGUCUCAGCGGCAAGCGAGGCGCCAGAGUGGUGCGCAUCGUGCUUCUGUCGUGCCGCUGCUGUGUGUCUGGGUUUGUCUGGCCGAUGGAACCGAUUACGAGUCGCGUCGCACGCAUCGCCGCACACAGCAGAAUUUUCUGCCACAGCCGUGUGGGCAACGUCCGGUUUGGGAGGAGGCAAAAAUGGCACAAGGCGCAUCCUGGCGAGCCGCAUCCACUGCUGCUUGCGGCCUUGCGAGUGGCUCCUCGGCGCCAAGUACUGGGUACACGCGUGGCCGGCCGCUGGGCGCGCUUUUCAAUCACCGCAAUAUGACUAUGUGCCCUUGCCCAACAGCUCCAGUGCAUCCACAGAAAAUGCCCACCAAACAAGUGAGAAAACAUGGCUUCACAAUCUUGUGGCUAAUUAAGCGAGAUAAAGCCCAGAGCCAGUGCUGCUGCAUGUCUCAAUCAAUGCCAGAUAAGCCGAGUCCCGCACGUUGCACCGGCGCAAUCACGGGAGAUUGGGACAGGCUGGCGAUCGCCUUGUACCUGCUACCUGGCGAGCAUGAGCCAAGAUUUUGCUUCGGGCUCGCACAAAGUACCUCACUAACAAUUUUCCAACCCGGUGACCCAAACAGGUUUUUUGCCUUGAAAAUUUCCACGUUACACUUUUGCUCCCUAGCGCCGCAUCGCUGCCAGAACUGGAUACGUUGCCCGCCUUAG